AUGGCUCCUCAUGGCAGUGCAGACAAUGAUAGGCUGGAUUUGGGCCAGAUCGACUGGUUUCCGCAAACCCUUACGGUUCCGUCACCCGGGACAUCAGAAGCGCGACGAUCGGAGACGCAUCUGCAGCCCUCACUGAGCUCGAUUUCUUCCCGUCAACCAGAAAGUGUAAUGGUGGUUGUCAAUCCACACGAUGGCGCAGGGUCCGAUCAGAUAUUUAUGGAUGAGAAGGAUCGCACCGUGAGUCGACGUUUGCGCGGAAUCCAUGUGUUUAUGAUCACCAUUAGCGGAGUCCUCGGAGUUGGACUGUAUCUUCGGAGUGGAUCUAUCCUGCGAAUUGGUGGACCGGCGGCCGUUCUGAUCUCCUUCACAGCCAUGGGCUUAUUGGCCUGGAUGGUCAUGCAAUGCAUCGGAGAGUUUCUCGCCCUCUGGCCCGUCUCUGGCGCCCUGGUAGAGUUUGUCGGCACUUUCGUGGAUGAGGACCUGGGCACUACGGUCGGAAUCGCAUAUUGGGUAUCCUAUUGCCUGAACUUUGCCGCGGUGAUUGUUGCAGCUGCUGGUGAGGUUGAAAUGUGGAACAGGAGCAAGGCAAUACAGGGCACCGUCAUUCUAUUCUUGCUUCCGUUGUUUCUUAUCCUGUUGAACAGCUUCGGCGUACAUAUAUAUGGUCUGACAGAGGUAGUUGGGGGGUCUUUGAAGAUACUCGGGACUCUUAUUGUCACAGUGGGAAUGAUCGUGAUCAAUGCUGGAGGUGGAGCAGAAGGACAUAUUGGCACAAAGUACUACAGAGAGAGCUCUAUAUUCCAGUAUGAUGAGAGAGCAGCUGGCAACUGGGCGACCGCGUUAUUCAUCUCACUCUCCAUUGCAGCGUUCGCAUUUAUUGGAGUCGACAUCACCGCUGCCACGGCCCUCGAGGCCCGUCCAGACAGAAAGCGAGUGCCAGCCGAAGACCCCUUGAACGACGAGCUUAAGCGGCCAUGGCCCCUGAUAUCCGUUCGAUUCUCCGCUACUUGGACCAGCUUUAUCGCGUGGAUCGCCUACUUCGUCGCGGGAUUUGUCAUGACCCUGAACCUACAAUGGGACAAUGAUCAACUGCCGCAAGCAGGAUGGCUCGGUCGUCCCAGCCCAAAGUCAGAUAGUCCAAGCGACUCCGGCUUUGUGAUUAGCGCCCAAAAAUCGGGCAUCAAAGGGCUCGCCGAACUAUUCAAUGCCAUUUUGCUAAUAACUGCUAUUACAUGCGCGAAUACCAACUUGUACGUCGCAUCUCGUACGCUCUUCGGACUGACGCGCAAGAUAUACGGAAAGCAAUGGCGGUGGCUAGCAUUCUUCGGGAAGACAAAUAGUUACCAGGUCCCCGUACGGGCCAUGUUUCUGUCCUGUUUCUUCCUGUGGGUCCCGUUUCUGUACCUGUCACCAAGAAACGGGCCGGGCACAACCAUCGCGAGUCUUCUUGAGGUCCUAUCACAACUAGGAUCCGUUAGCUGUAUUAUCGUCUGGGCGUGCGAAUGUUGGGCGUUUAUUCGUUUCUAUAACUGUAUGAAGUUACACCAAGUUGAGCUAAACAAUUCCCCCCAAUUCGCGCACGUCUGCCGCUUCCGUCGCCCUGGCGCCCCAGACUAUUACCCAUGGCGCUCUCACGGGCAGCCCCUAACGAUGUACCUAGCGUUAGCGGGGUGUCUAUUUACUCUAAUCGUUGCCGAUAGUGCCGCUUUGUGGCAUGGCUUUCAUGCGCCGCUGUUUUUCUCCGCAUAUCUAGCGCCACUCUGCUUUCUCCCUCUGUGGCUUGCUAUUAAGGCAUAUCGCUCCGGCGGUUGGCAGAAUAUCAGAUGGGAACUUGAGGAUCUGUCGAACAUCAUUGAGGUCAAAGAUAAGAUCAGGAAGCUUGACGAGCUGCAAGAACGUGCAACGGCGAGAGAUAAUGUUAGGCAGAAGCCUGGAUGGGGAAAUCUGUGGGGAGUGAUAUAA